AUGAAAUAUUGUUUUGAAAAAUCAUUAAGACAUUUCUGUUACAAAAUAAGUAUAACAGGGGCAUCAAAUAGUGGCAAAUCAUCAUUUCACAAUAAUUUAUUAGAUAAUUUAAAAGUUAGUUAUAAAAAAUCAAUUAUAAACGAUGUUGAAAAUUACUCAUUAGAAAAUAAUAAAAAUUUUUUUGAAAUAGAUAAAAGGAAAUGUUUAAUCAUAGAUACUAUUGGAAUAAAUGAACAAAUGAUAAAAAAAUUUGAAAAAUGGAAAUUUAAAGAAUAUGAUUUUAAGUAUGAGAAUAAUAACAUUAUAAAAAGUUACUUUAACAUAAUUACUAAUAGUAAUUUAGUACUAAUAUGUAUUAAACAUUUUGAAAUAAGGCAAUCUGAUAUAUUAUCAUAUAAAAUUAUUAAUGACAUUUAUAAAAAUCAAAAUAAUGUUUUUACAAUAAUUUUUAAUAACAAUAAUAUGAAUAGAUGUGAUAAAGUAGAAUAUAAUUAUCCUGAUAUUUAUGAAAAUUUUAAGAAUGUUAUUUUUUAUCCUUACAUUUUAGAUUCUUAUGAUAAAAAUGAUGAUUUAAUAGAAAUCAUAAAAAAAGGCAUAAAGCAAAAUGAUCAAAAAAUUGAGAACAAAGUAGAUCCACAAAUGAGUAGUAUCAAUAUGGAAAAUAAGGAAACGAAAUUAGAAGAAAAUAAGGAAACAAAAUUAGAAGAAAAUAAUGAAAUUUAUGAUUUAAUAGAUGAAAGUAUAAGAAUUUUUCAUCCUUCGCUUAGUGAGGAAACAAGAAAUUAUUUUUAUAAGUUUGUUGAUUUAAAAAAAAAAGAUAAAUCAAACAUAAAACUAUUCAAUGAAUAUUUUAGUGCAAAAAUUUUGAACAAAAAUUUAAAAAUAAUAACUGAAGAAAACUUAUACGAAAAAAAUAAAGAAAUUAUCGAUAAUAACGAAGAAAAAAGUUUAAAUAACUCAGAAUUGUUUAAUAAAAAUAGUGAUGAUAUAAAAGAAAUAAAUAGUGAAGAUAAUAUAUAUAAUGGUGAGGAAAAUGUUAACCCUAAUGAAUUAAAUGAAUAUUUUUUUAAAAAAAUACAAAAUAAUAACUUUGAAGAGAAAAGAAAAGUAAUUGAUAAAUUAAAAAACAAAAAAAUUCAAAUUUUGAAAAAUAUUAUUAACAGAAAUGAAAAUGCUAAUCCAUAUGAAUUAAUAAAUUUAAAUGAAAAGUAUAAACAUGUAAAUGAAAAAAUAAAUAGUCAAAAUAAAUCAGAAAAUAAAAAUAACUUUUACAAUUCCUGUGAUACUUUCGAAUUUGAUGAAAACGAAAAUAAAAAUAACUUAAAUGAAAUUAAUAGUAUUAUAGAAUCAGAUCAUGAUAAUUCAAAUAAAACUAAAAGUAGAAAAAAAUAUAUUAUGGAUUAUGAUUCAAAUAAUGAGAUAAAGAUAUGUGUAUUGGGAGAGAAAAAUUCUGGCAAAACAACUUUGAUUCAAUCAAUUUUAAAAAACAAUAUCGUAAAUGAACAUGAUGUUAUAGAAUUAUUCGGAAAAAGAAAAUAUAUUAAUGAUGAUUUAAGUGUUUAUUAUAAAAAUAAAAAAAUAGAGAUAUUAGAUACAUGUAGUUUAAAAAAGCAACAUAAAUUUAAAAAUGAAGAUAAUUUUUCAGAUGAAAAUAAUAGAGUAUUUAGUAAUAUUAGAAAAAGUGACAUAUGCAUAUAUAUAAAAGAAGUAAAAAACAAUUCAAUUAGUUUAAAUAAAGAUGAUAAGAAAAUGAUGUUUUACUUAUUAAAAGAAAAAAAAAAUAUUAUAUUUAUCGUAAACAAAAUUGACUUAAUUAUUAAAGACUUUGAAAACAAAAGAAGCGAAUUUUUAAAAACAUUUUCAAACUCAUUUAAUGAUAUUCCUGUAAUAUUUCUAAAUAGUAAUAAUAUUAACCAUAUAAAUACAUUGUUAAAUAAAAUAAUUUUCAUUCAUAAAAUGAAUAAUAUAACAAUAUCUACUUCAAUAUUAAAUAUAUUUCUUAUUCAAUUUCUUAAAUUAUUUCCUAUUCCAUGGAUAAAAAAAACAAAAUGUCACUUUAAAUUUAUAAAACAAAUUAAAACUAAUCCCCUUACUUUUCUUAUAUUCACAAACUUAUAUAAAAAAAUACCAAAUAAUUAUUUAGCAUUUUUUAAAAAAAAACUAAAAAGUGAAUUUAAUCUAAAAUAUAUUAACAUUCAAUUUGUUUUCAAAACUACAUGUGAUAAUAGAAAUAUCAAGAAAAAUCAAAUAAUAAAAUAA